AUGUCUCAUACUCAACCCUCACCCACCGCGGGUGUGGCUCCCCACCACGCCGCGGCGCACAUGGCCGCUCACGCCCAGGUUAACGGACACAUGCCCGCUAUGCCUGCGCAAGGCCAAAAGGGGGUUCCUCUCACCACAGCCCAGAAGAUUGCCGCGCUCAACGAGCAAGUCUGGUUGUCAAUUGGCAGUUUGACUGAACUUAUGGGGGAUCUCGAUGGCGCUAUGAAUGCGUAUGAGCAGGCUUUGCGUCACAACCAAUGGUCCAUCCCGGCCAUGAACGCCAUCUCCUGCAUCCUCCGCACUAAGGAGCAAUUUCCCAAGGCCAUUGAGUAUCUUCAGAAUAUCUUGAAGCUGGAUCCAACCAGUGGAGAAACUUGGGGCAGCUUGGGACACUGCCAUUUGAUGAUGGAUAACCUUCAAGAGGCAUACACCUCCUACCAGCAAGCCUUGUACCAUCUGCGCGACCCGAAGGAACCCAAGCUCUGGUAUGGAAUUGGCAUUCUCUACGAUCGUUAUGGAUCCCUUGACCAUGCCGAAGAAGCCUUUUCUCAAGUUAUGCGCAUGGCUCCCGAGUUCGAGAAGGCCAAUGAGAUUUACUUCCGCCUCGGUAUAAUCUAUAAGCAACAGCAGAAGUUCAGCCAGAGUCUGGAGUGCUUCAAGUACAUUGUCAAUGACCCGCCUCGCCCACUGACUGAAGAGGACAUUUGGUUCCAGAUCGGUCACGUUCAUGAGCAGCAGAAAGAUUUCGACUCCGCUCAAGCAGCCUAUCGCCGAGUUCUCGAACGCGACCCCAACCACGCAAAGGUCCUGCAACAACUAGGAUGGCUCUACCACCAACAAAGUGGUAGCUUCUCAAGCCAAGAGAAGGCCAUCGAGUUCCUCGAAAAGUCGGUUAGCGCAGACAACAAUGACGCGCAGAGCUGGUACCUUCUUGGUCGCUGUUACAUGUCGCAGGCGAAGUAUCCCAAGGCCUAUGAAGCCUAUCAACAAGCUGUGUAUCGUGACGGUCGCAACCCUACUUUCUGGUGUUCUAUCGGUGUUCUCUACUACCAGAUCAAUCAGUACCGCGACGCGCUCGAUGCUUACUCUCGUGCGAUCCGCCUGAACCCAUAUAUCUCUGAGGUUUGGUACGAUCUGGGCACUCUGUACGAAUCAUGCAACAACCAAAUUUCCGACGCGCUGGAUGCCUAUGGGCGCGCUGCCGAUCUGGACCCGGCCAAUGUCCACAUCAAGGCUCGUCUGCAAUUGCUCCAAAGCCAACUCCAGGGCGGCAAUGCCCAACAGCCAAACGCUCCCGUGCCUCAACCGCAAGAUGUUCACCCCCAGGCAUACCAGGCUCCUGGUGUCGGUCAGCCGCCCGCUCCCCAGUGGGGCGCCCCAGCUCCAGUUGGUCCCCCAGCCCAGGCACCUGCGCCCCCGAGACAGAUUGCCGAUUGGAAUCGCGGCAUCAACGACCUCACGUCUCAAGGACCGGCUCCCCCGGCCAACGGCCUCGACCAGCGUGACCCAGUCCGUGCCCCCGGCCCUAUUCCUCAGGCAAGCCCUCGACAGGAACCCGGUCGUGCUUUCCCUGACCCUGCUCGUGGCCCAGCUCAUUCACCCAAACUGGGUGGUUCCUCUGCCUAUCCUCCGCCACACCUGCCUCAGAUUGCAAAUGCUCCUCCCUCGGGCCAUGAGCGUGCUCCUAGCGGUGGUUUCCCCCCCGUGGCUCGCGGGCCUCUACCUCCUGCCCCCCCUGCUGCCGCCGCUCCUCCUCCGGGUUCCAAUGGCGGCCCUCCUCCUCCCCCUGCUGCUCCCGGUGCUGUUGGUGCACCUCCUGCUUAUCACCGCCCCUUCACUCCCCCUACUGAGAUCCGACCUAUUCGGGAAGAGCGACCCUCUUCACCUGGUUCAAGCUACCCUCACCAACAGUAUCACCAUGGGCCCACAGCCCCUGCACCCCCAGCUCCUAAUUCAACUGGCAUUGCUUCGGGUGCUCCUGCUCCUGCAUCGGCUGCGGCUGCCGCAGCUGCCGCCGAAGCAGCUGCUCGUGAGCGUGGUGAAGACCGUCCCGCCUCUGCCAUGAAACGUGGCCGUGAAUGGGAGGGCGAGUCUGGACCAGUGAAGAAGCUGGCCAGUGAUGAGAACCGGGCCCGCCUAGAUGAUCAGAACAGUCGCCGCCCAAGCCCACCUGCACAUUUGCCGUCUCCCAGCGAGAUGCAACGUCGCAGCUCUUCGGAAGCCCGCCGUGAGGAUGCCCGCCGUGCCAACGAGAACUAUCACCCAUCUGAGGCAGCCCAUCAUCCUCCCACCUUGCCCUCGAUUCAAAACAUGCCUCCCCACGCUUCUAGUGGCCCCAGCCUUCCUCCUAUGUCUGAGACUGCUGCUCCCGCCUCUAACGGACCCCCCCUCGGGUCCUCCUUCGGCUAA